AUGAUGACAGCUCCUGUUCAAGACAAAGAAAAGGUCCGAAAGGCGGGCGCAGCCUUUGCUAGCAAAGAAAUCGACAAAAUGUUUGCGAAAUCCAAGAUUGUUGACUCUUCUGAUACAUUUCCACAGUUUUUGAAGGAAGAGAUCAAAUUAGGUAAGGUGCUGGGCAAAGGUGGAUUCGGUACUGUCUACGAAUGUCUCUCGUUCGAUGCGAAAACCAAGAGUCGUAAGCAAGGCGGAGGCUUGACUACAAUGUCUGCCGUUCGCAAUUCCUUUUCGUUGGGCGCAAAGCAAGUUGUUGACGAAGAAGCUGACCAAGGACAGAUGGAGUCUCGCAAAUUCAUUGCCGAUCACUGCAUUCGCAAGGGUGGAGACGCCCGCUAUGCCCUUAAGAUUCUGAGCCCUGAAGUCGUCAACGAUCCAGGAGAACUAAUUCAAGGAAGCAUUGAUAUGGCAGUAGAAACCCGCGUUCUCUCCGAUAUUGAACAUCCCAACAUCAUUAAGAUGCGUGCAUGCGGUUCCAUCAGUCCAUUCGAAGUUGACUAUUUCAUCGUCAUGGACCGAUUGUACGAUACUUUAGAGAGUCGCAUCGCAAAGUGGGCAAAUUUACAGAGCCGCAUUUCCUCUGGCUUUGGAGCCUGCCUUCUUGACCGCAAAGGACUGAAGAAAAAGAAACUCUUGGAGGACAAGUUGGUGUCAGCGUUUGAUCUUUCUGCGGCAAUAUUGUACUUGCAUAAGAAGAACAUUUUGUACCGUGAUCUCAAGCCAGAGAAUGUUGGUUUUGACAUUCGAGACGACAUCAAGCUUUUCGAUUUUGGUCUUGCAAAAGAGGUUUUCGCUGCAGACAAGGAUGCUGAUGGCUUGUACAAACUGACAGCAAUGACGGGCUCUCCUCGGUACAUGGCUCCCGAGGUUGCAUUGGAGAAGCCUUACAGUUUUUCUUGUGAUGCGUACUCUUUUGCAAUCAUGUUUCAUCAAAUUUACUCCUGCAGGACACCCUUUGAAUUGUACGGAAUGAAGUCUCUCAGGACCAGAGUUUGGGGUAAAGAACAAAAGCGUCCAUACAUCCAGCCGGAUUGGCCAGUUUCGAUCAAGAACCUCUUGGAAAAAUCCUGGAGCGCGAACGUGCAUGAUCGACUUACUUUCCAAGAGAUCUACAAUAUUUUGCGUGAGGAAUGCGUUGGUGCUCGUGACGGUGUGGAAGAAGGUUUGGAACAUUCCAAACGGCGAUCCACUUUUGUGUUUACUGGACCGUCUACAAAGAAGACGUCUUCAAAGGGUGCGAAGCCGAUCAUGGAGGCUCUUCAAGAAUUCGACUACGAUGAUGACGAGGAAGAGGGUGACGAGGAACGGGGUUCCGCUUGA